AAUGUUCAAAGAGAACACCAUUACACGAAUCUCAUUUUGUUUUCAGUUCAAGUCGACAAUGAUGCACCAAAUCAUCUGUGAUUCAUCCUUUCCCGAUUAAGAUUGGAUAUCAAUCUCGUCUGCCCGGUGGCUCCCACCGUUUGCCGGCGUUCUCCGCCGCUGUCACAACCCUUCUUUCUCUCACUCUUGCUGUUCGAUCAAUCUAACCCGACAACAACAGACAAACCAAUUAACUAAGCCAGGAUCAAUCAGCAUAUGAUUCAAUCGCACUCGUUCCAUGGCUACACGUAUCUUCUAUUUACUGAUUGUUUUUACUAUCUACGGCUUCAGUUCUAUCUCAUCUAACCCUAAUUUUGGUGUUUCUUCAACGAUCGAUGAAUCUACAAUUCUUGAUUUCCAUGGAGAUUAUUCGCCGCCGUCGCCUCCACCGCCAUCUCCACCACCACACCCUCCGGCUCUAUCGUGCGAAGAAGAUUUACGAGGAAUCGGGAGUUUAGACACUACGUGUGAACUAAAUAUUAGUACGAUUUUCGUUGCUGAUGUGUAUAUAGAAGGAAAAGGGAACUUUCACAUACUCCCUGGUGUUAAAUUUAAAUGUCUUACUUCUGGAUGUUCGAUAAUUAUCAAUAUUAGUUCUGAGUUUAGAUUAGGGUUGAAUUCAGAGAUAGUAGCAGGGACGCUUCAUGUGACGGCAGGGAAUGCGACAUUUGAAGAGGGUUCAAUCGUUAAUGUUACUGCUAUGGGUGGUGAUCCACCGGAGCAUACAAGUGGCUCGCCUAAAGGGGUGUUUGGUGGUGGUGGAGGGCAUGGUGGGAGAGGUGCUUGUUGUGUUGUGGACAAUACAAAGCUCCCAGAGGAUGUAUGGGGUGGUGAUGCUUAUGGGUGGUCGGAUUUACCUGAACCCUAUAAUUAUGGAAGCAAAGGUGGGGCGACUAAUAAAGAUGAUGAUUAUGGAGGGAAUGGUGGCGGCAGGGUUUGGGUUGAGGUGGUGGAUGCUGUGGAAGUCAGUGGAAGAAUUUUUGCAGAUGGUGGUGAUGGUGGUGUCAAAGGUGGAGGAGGCUCUGGUGGCAGCAUUUUCGUGAAGUCCCGGAAAAUGACAGGUAGUGGCAUCUUAAGUGCAUCUGGAGGUAAUGGGUUUGGUGGAGGUGCUGGUGGAAGAAUAUCUGUGAAUGUAUUCAGCAGACAUGAUGAUCAAACAUUCUUUGCUCAUGGGGGACAAAGUUAUGGUUGUCCUGCAAACUCUGGUGCUGCAGGGACUUUCUAUGAUGCUGUUCCUAGAAGACUCAGAGUCAACAACCACAACAUGUCAACAGAUACAGAUACACCUUUUUUUGCAUUCCCAAAUCAGCCUCGUUGGACAAGUGUUGAUAUUCAAGAAUAUGCUAGAGCUGCUGUUCCCCUACGUUGGAGUCGCGUGCAGGUUCAAGGACAACUUAGUUUAUCAGCUGGAGCAGUUUUAAGCUUUGGUUUACCUCAUGAUGCUGUGUCAGAGUUUGAAUUAAUGGCAGAGGAACUUUUAAUGAGUGAUUCAGUAAUCAAGAUAUAUGGGGCUUUGCGAAUGUCUGUUAAAUUGCACUUGAUGUUGAAUUCCAAAAUGCUUAUAGAUGGUGAUGGUGAGGGUGAUCCAAUUAUCGCCACUUCAUUGCUUGAGGCUAGCAAUUUACUUGUCCUCAAGGGAGGAUCUGUAAUCCAGUCAAAUGCAAAUCUUGGUGUUCAUGGUCAAGGUUCUUUGAAUUUGACUGGGGAAGGCAAUGUUAUAGAAGCUCAACAUCUGGUUUUAUCAAUAUUUUGCUGUAUCAAUGUUGAACCUGGGUCGAUGCUAAGAGGUCCAUUAGAGAACACAACUAUUGAUCACUCGGCACAUUGUGAACUGGAGGUUUGCCCAAUGGAAUUAAUUCAUCCACCUGAAGAUUGCAAUGUGAAUUCUUCAUUGUCCUUCACUCUUCAGAUAUGUAGAGUUGAAGAGAUAGUUGUUGAAGGUUCCAUUGAAGGAUCCGUUGUUCAUUUUCAAUGGGUAAGAAGUGUAUUAAUCAAACCAUCUGGAUCAAUAAGUGCUUCUGGAUUAGGCUGCAUUGGUGGAGCUGGGCAAGGAAAAAUCUUGAAUGAUGGUACUAGUGGUGGUGGGGGACAUGGCGGCAGGGGUGGUGAUGGAUACUAUAACAACAGUAUUGUUGUUGAAGGUGGUGUUCCUUAUGGUGAUGCUGAUUUUCCUUGUGAGUUUGGUAGUGGCAGUGGAGAUGAUAAUUUAGGUGGUGCAACUGCUGGUGGUGGUAUCAUAGUGAUGGGGUCAUUGGAGCACUCUUUGUCGAGUUUGUCAAUCUAUGGGUCACUGACAGCUGAUGGAGAAAGUUUUGGAGAAAAUAUAAGAAAACAAGAUGUGAAGCAUGCUGGUGGAGGAUCUGGUGGAAGUGUUCUUCUUUUUGUUGAUAGAUUGACACUUGGCGAUUCAUCUGUAAUCUCAACUGGUGGAGGGUAUGGUAGUCAGAAUGCUGGUGGUGGGGGUGGUGGUAGGAUUCAUUUUCAUUGGUCAGAUAUUACAGUUGGAGAUGAAUAUCAACCUGUCGCUAGUGUUAAUGGAACCAUUAAUAUUGGAGGAGGAAUUGGUAAAGGUCUUGGGCAACCAGGGAAUAAUGGGACUAUCACUGGAAUAGUUUGUCCACAAGGGCUGUAUGGUAUUUUUUGUGAGGAAUGCCCACUUGGCACUUACAAGAAUGUGAGUGGGUCAGAAAGAGAUCUUUGCUAUGAUUGCCCAGCUCUAGAGUUUCCACAUCGUGCCAUUUUUACCCCUGUUCGAGGUGGUGUUUCUGAUGUUCCUUGUCCUUACAAGUGUGUGUCUGAGAGAUACCACAUGCCUCACUGCUAUACAACAUUUGAGGAGUUAAUUUAUACGUUUGGUGGGCCAUGGCUAUUUGGUUGUAUGCUUCUAGGUUUGCUCCUCCUUUUUGCCCUUGUACUUAGUGUUGCUCGUGUGAAAUUUAUUGGUGGGGAUGAAUUGCCUGGAUUAGUUCCCACUCGACGUGGCUUGCAGUUGGAUCGAUCUGUUCCUUUCUUGGAAUCAUUGAAUGAGGUUCUUGAAACAAAUAGACAUGAGGAAUCCCAGAAUCAUGUCCACAGAAUGUACUUCAUGGGAUCCAAUAGUUUCAGUGAACCUUGGCAUCUCCCUCAUUCCCCUUCAGAACAAGUAGCUGAAAUUGUAUAUGAAGAUGCAUUCAAUAGGUUUGCAGAGGAGAUAAAUUGUUUAGCAGCUUUUCAAUGGUGGGAAGGAUCAUUUUACAGCAUCCUUUCUGUGAUUGCAUAUCCAUUUUCCUGGACAUGGCUGCAAUGGUGUCGCAAAAAAAAGAUACAAAGAUUACGUGAAUUUGUUAGAUCAGAAUAUGAUCACGCGUGCUUGCGUUCAUGUCGUUCCCGUGCUCUCUAUGAGGGGCUUAAGGUUUCUGCAACUUCUGAUAUGAUGCUUGCAUAUGUGGAUUUUUUCCUUGGUGGAGAUGAGAAGAGAGACGACCUUCCUCCUUCACUCCAUCAAAGAUUUCCACUCUCUUUAGUUUUUGGAGGAGAUGGAAGUUACAUGGCUCCUUUCGUUCUUCAUAGUGACAAUAUUCUAACAAGCCUCAUGAGUCAGGCUGUGACAUCGACAAUUUGGUACCGAUUAGUUGCUGGUCUAAAUGCACAGCUACGGCUUGUUAGACGCGAUCAGUUAAAGUCAACUUUCCGACCAAUCAUAAGCUGGCUUGACACGUAUGCAAAUCCAACUUUAAGUGUGCACAGAAUACGCGUUGAUUUAGCUUGCUUUCAGCCAACUGCAUUGGGUUAUUAUCAAUUCGGAUUGGUAGUUUCUGCAGUUGAGUAUCAGCGGGCCCCACCACCUUCAAUUAGCAGUCCACAUGGUCUACCCGAUCCCGAGGUGCAGUCAAGCUAUUUCGUGAAUCAUCGUGGUAAAGUUGAAGAACGUGUCCAUUUCCAAGAGUCUGAACCCUUAAUGACACAUAGAAGAGCAUCUGGAUGGAUUCUAGAUGAUAUUAGCUUAAGAACACUUAGAGAAAACAUGAUGUGGUAUCCUCUAUCUUUUAUCAUAUGCAACACCAAACCAGUUGGUCAUCAGGAUCUUGUUGGGUUGGUGAUAUCUAUUCUUCUUUUAGGAGAUUUUAUACUUGUGUUACUGAUGUUGCUUCAGCUUUACUCAAAUUCCAUGGUGGAUUUAUUUUUGGUGUUAUCUCUUCCCCCUCUUGGUAUUCUCCUCCCAUUUCCAGCUGGAAUCAGCGCUUUAUUUAGUCAUACUCCUAAGCGUUCAUCAGGGCUUGCACGUUUUUAUGCACUCUGGAACAUCACUUCCUUGGUCAAUGUUGUUGUGGCCUUCAUAUGUGGAUAUUUUCAUUACAAGAAUCAACUCCCCCCAAACGACAAUCAUUUAAAUUCUUUGUCCUGGAGCUUAAGCUUGGAUGAUGGUGGAUGGUGGAUGCUUCCAUCUGGAUUGAUGGUGUGUAAAGUUAUACAGGCACAACUAAUUGAUUAUCAUGUGGCUGAUCAAGAAAUUCAAGAUCGAACAUUAUACUGUAAUGAUCCCACUGUUUUUUGGCAGUCGUGAAACAAAACAUAUAUCCACAUUCCUUUUUUUUUAUUUUUUUAUUUUUUUUAUUUGUGUGUGUAGUUUAUAAGAAAGAAAGUACAAAAAAAAUAUAAAUUUUUAAAACA